UUUACUAACUGCAGACGAUGGCACCGUGGAUGCAACUUCUGUGCCCUCUGUUUACUUUGUAUUUGGUUUUGUGCCCGCGCCCUGGGUCGUUAGCUGCUGGUGGACCUCGGAGAGGAUCUGCCGACUCGUGUGGGCUAAAGGGUAUAACUGUACAGAACAAAAAUAACGGCCUUUCAAAUAUCACUUUCAAAUAUGACAACUGCACUUAUUUAAGUUCGGGAGGAAAGCACCUGAUAGGAGAUACGCAGAACAUAACCAUCAGCCAGUUUGCGUGCAGUGACCAAGUUGCAGUAUCGGUUCUUUGGACAGCCAAUGCUAUUGGCAUUGAGUACCUUAAAGGUUUUCGGGUUAUACUGGAAGAACUGAAAUCUGAGGGACGACUUUGUCAACAGAUGGUCUUGAAGGAUCCAAAGCAGCUUAAUUUUAAUUUUAAAAAUGUUGUAAUGGAGAGCCAACCUUUUAUAAACCUGAAAUUUGAAACAGAUUAUUUUGUGAAAAUUGUCCCUUUCCCAUCAAUUAAGAAUGAGAGUAACUACCACCCGUAUUUCUUCCGAACACGUACUUGUGAGACAUUGUUACAGCCGGAUAGUUUAACCUGCAGGCCAUACUGGAGGCCAAAGAAUGUGAACGUUACUCAGCAAGGAGUCAAUAUGCAGGUGACGUUUGACCACGCUCCUUACAAUUUCGGCCUCAACUCCUAUUAUGUGAACUAUAGAAUGAAGCAUGAAGGUUUAUUUAAGCAGAAGAUCUGUAGAACGGUUCUGAACACUGAAUACACCAACUGUCUUCUGCAAAAUGUCUCCCCUGGUGAUUACGUGAUUGAGCUUAUUGAUGACACCAAUACCACAAGAAAAUCCAUGCAUUAUUCUUUAAAACCAGUUCAUUCUCCCUGGGCAGGACCAAUAAGAGCAAUGGCCAUAACGGUGCCGUUGGUCCUGAUUUCUGCAUUUGCCACUCUCUUUACAGUGAUGUGCCGAAAGAAGCAGCAAGAAAACAUUUAUGCCCAUCUUGACGAGGAGAGUUCUGAAUCCUCAACAAAUGCAGGAAGUCUUCAUGUAGAAAAACCGUGGCCACGCCCAAAAGUGUUUAUUUGUUAUUCCACUAAAGAUUGCCAAAAGCACAUUAAUGUGAUACAAUGUUUCGCUUACUUCCUUCAAGAUUUCUGCGGAUGUGAAGUUUCUCUGGACUUAUGGGAAAACUUGAAGAUAUGCAAAGACGGACAAAAGGAAUGGCUGAAACAGAAGAUCAAAGAUUCUCAAUACAUCAUAGUUGUGUGUUCGAAAGGAAUGAAGUACUUUAUAGACAAGAAGAAGCGCAAGCACAAAGGAGCAAACCAUGAAGCUGAAAAAGGGGAGCUUUUUGUGACGGCCAUGUCUAUGAUCACGGAGCAGCUCGGCAAAGCCCAAGACAGUUCCGAUGAUCUUUCAAAGUUUAUCACGGUCUAUUUUGAUUACUCCUGUGACAAUGAUAUCCCUGGAAUUCUUGAUAGCACACGGAAAUAUAAAUUAAUGGAUCAUCUUCCCCAGCUUUACCACCAUUUAUAUUCAAAGGAAAUCAAUCUACAGGAUCCUGAACAAUACCCAACCAAUAUUAGCAAAAGAAACUAUUUCAGGAGCAAGGCUGGCCGCGCAUUGUACGUUGCCAUCUGUAACAUGCACCAGUAUAUUGACCAGGAACCUGACUGGUUUGAAAAACAAUAUGUAACAUCUCAUUCUCCGACCCUUCAUUGCCAAGAACCAGUUAUGGAAAAAUUUGAUUCUGGCUUAGUUUUAAAUGAUGUAAAACAGCUGUCCGAAAAAGAUUUUUCUGUAAAAGCUGAUGUUGUAGUUCCUGCAAAGUGCCAUCCAGCUGUUGGCAAAGACAAACGCGAUGAACUGGAAACUCAAGAACAUGCUGGCAGCUGUGCGCUACAGCCUGUGUUACAUUCGGUCAAAGCUGUCCAUCAGGCCGACAUGCCGCGGGAUUCUGGGAUUUAUGACUCCUCUGUCCCUUCCUCAGAAUUGUCAUUACCUUUAAUGGAUGGACUAUUAACUGACCAAGUAGAAACUUCCUCAAUUGCAGAGAGUGUCUCUUCAUCGUCAGGACUAGGCGAAGAAGAACCUUCUAUCCCCAAAUCUGUGGUUUACGGAGUGUGUAAAGCGGAACUACAUUGCAACCUCCAUCCGGAUGAGCUACAGGCAAUAGCACCUUUAUAGCGUUGUUUAUUUGGCGCUCAUGCAUUGCCACUUUAAAAGGUUUUGUGACCCAUCACUGCAAACCCUGAACCUACUUGAAAAAAUGAGAUUAUAAACACUCCUUACCAUUCAGCCUGGGACCUUUCGGCCAGUGAAACGGACUUUGACCUAUAUUUGUACCAAGCUGGGAACGGAUACACUCAAUUUACUCAGCCAAUAGGCGUUCAAAGGAAAAUAUCUCUACUAUUUUUAUGUGCUGGUUGAGACUAUUCAUAUUUACAAUGGAGUAAAUUAAAUCAUGUUUCUAUAUUAACAAGAUUAUUGAACCACUGAUAUAUUAUAU